GGAGGCCCCACGCGCUCGGGUCGCUGUCCAGAACUCCAGAUCCAGCGCUGCGCCGCCACCUCCUCUGGGCUCUGGCUCUUCACCUCCGCGUGCCGCCGCCGCCGCCCAGGUACGCCACCUCGUCCUCAGCCUCCUCUCCGUUCGCUUCCGCAACCUCCCACAUCACAUUCCGCAAAAUCGGAAGCAGCACAUCGAAGAAAUCAGAGCUCGUCGGUGGCAGAUCAGAAAACAAGCAAUGGAGGCCGCUCUCGUCAGCGUCGCCACCGGGGCGAUGAAGCCGCUCCUGGGCAAGCUCUCCAAGCUGCUGGAGGAGGAGUGCUCCAAGCUCAAGGGCGUGCGCCGUCAGGCCCGGUUCCUAAGAGACGAGAUGGAAAGCAUGAGCGGCACGCUCCAGAUGCUCGCGGAUUCAGAGGAUCUCGACCCGGAGAUCAGAACCUGGAGGGACGGCCUCCGUGAUCUCUCCUACGACAUGGAGGACUGCGUCGACCGCUUCGCGGCUCGCGUUGACCACCCGGGCCGUGAUGGAUCCACCGGCCUCAAGAAGCUCUUCCGCAGGUUGAGGAAGCUGAAACCUCGCCAUGAGAUGGCCAACGAGAUCGAAGAACUCAAGGACCGUGCCGUCGAAAUAAGCAAGAGGCACAAGAGGUAUAAUUUUGUAAAACCAACAUCGGGCUCCACCAAUUGUGCCAUUGAUCCCCGGCUACCGGCGUUUUAUGUCGAGGUCGAUAAACUUGUUGGCAUCGAUGCUCCUAAGAAGUGGUUAACAGAAGAGCUGAAGAGUUCUUCCACCCAGUUGAAAGUGGUGUCGAUUGUUGGUUCUGGAGGUCUUGGUAAGACUACUCUUGCGAAUCAAGUCUAUCAGGACAUUAAAAAUCAAUACAAGUGUACGGCUUUUGUGUCGGUUUCUCGAAAUCCUAAUGUGAGGACGAUUCUAAGACGCAUUGCUGAACAAGUGGGGGCCACUGACAACACAUCGAAUGACGAUGUGAAGCAACUCAUCGAUAAACUCAGAGAUCACCUCCAAGAUAAACCAAGACUAUAUGAUCAACAAACAACGUUUAAUAAGUAGAUGGAAUGCCGAAGGAUUUAUUCAUGAAGAACAAGGGAGGAGCAUGUAUGAGGUUGGUGAGGGUUAUUUUAAUGAUCUCGUCAAUAGAAGCUUAAUCCACC